CUGGUGACGAUAAGUAGGGGGGUUUCGCUCGGCGUAUCACCGCAACACGCUUAAGUCUCCCUCUUGCUCGGCAGCAUCUUGUUUUCCAGUUCUUGUCACCAUGGCGGUCAUCGUACCAGAGCCAGUACUUGAGGGGAGCAACAACAGCCAAGAUGUGGAGAACUAUGUGAAGGAGCAGGAAAAUGAUGGAGAUCUUAGUCUGGAUGGAGGGUUUGUUGUUCCUGAUAGCAAUGCCUUUGGCCAUUCUUUCAGGGACUAUGAGAAAGAGGGCGAAAGGAAAGCAACCGUGGAGGACUUCUACCGUACCAAUCAUAUUAACCAGACCUACGAAUUGGCUAAGAGGAAGAAGGAAGAAUAUGGGAAGCUGGACAAGACUGUGAUGAGCAUUUGGGAAUGUAUUGAGCUUCUGAACGAGUAUGUAGAUGAGAGCGAUCCCGAUCUUGAUGAGCCCCAGAUCCAGCACCUUCUCCAAUCGGCUGAGGCCAUUCGUCGUGAUUACCCUGAUGAAGAUUGGCUUCACCUCACUGCUCUCAUUCAUGAUCUUGGGAAAGUCUUGCUGCAUCCUUCUUUCGGUGAACAGCCUCAGUGGUGUGUUGUGGGAGACACGUUCCCUCUGGGCUGCGCAUUUGACGAAUCCAUCGUUCAUCACCAGUACUUCAAGAACAACCCGGACUACAACAACCCACUAUUCCGUACAAGGUUGGGUAUCUACAAGGAGAACUGUGGGCUCGACAACGUGACCAUGUCGUGGGGCCACGACGAGUACAUGUACCUGGUUAUGAAGGGGAAUGGCACCUCCCUCCCUCCUGCAGCCUUCUUUAUCGUGAGGUUCCACUCAUUCUACCCUCUGCACCGAGCCGGUGCCUACACCUAUCUCAUGAAUGAUGAGGACAAGGACAUGCUCAAGUGGCUUCAUGUCUUCAACAAAUACGAUUUGUACACCAAAAGCAAAGUAAGGGUCGACGUGGAGGAGGUGAAGCCAUACUACAUGUCCCUCAUCAAGAAGUACUUCCCUGAGAAGCUAAGAUGGUGAACCAUUAGCGUUGGGUGGGCUGGAAUAAAGCUGCGGUGAUCCUGCUAGCUGCAGCCUGUUUUCGUAUGGUAUUGGUAGUUCAAGUUGUUCAUGAGACCAUCUAGUACUUGUCCGUAUAGUUGUUUCAGUUGUUCGUCUUUGCCUUACUUUAUUUUUUGUUUCUAUGUGUGAUGUCCAUCUCGGUUUGUAAUAUUAUAAUAUAAUAUGUAUCCUAAACUUUGCCUUAAUUUGGAAAUAGCUGGCCCAGUUUAACUUGUGUCU